AUGGCUCCAAUCGACUUGAUCACGAGAAAACUGGCCGCAAGAAUAGAACGACAUAGCAAUAGCGCUCGCAUCCCAGCAACAAUGCGCGUGCAGAAUGGUGUGCCACCCGACCGAGUUGGCGACGGGCAAGAGUCGCCCCUUCACUUCUUCCUCUUCGAGAAUCCAGACCCAGAUGGAGAGUAUCCUGGCGGUCGCAGAGUCAUGUUCUCCAACGAUCUGAAUGGUCACGAGGCGGCAUGGGACUUCCUCGAACUUCAAGCUCGCGAGCAGAAUCUGCGCAUCGAACGGCCCAUUGACAUUCAAGUGCCCACUACCAGUCGGGGUGGCCGACUUCGAGCUGCAAUAAGGCAGUUCUUUGCGCCAGACGCCAGCCAGGGACAUCGAAAAGGAGCCCGCUCAAUGGAACGCACUUCGAGAUCGUCCAGCUCUGGUGUGAUUGUGAGCCCACCCCGAAGCGCGGGAAACCGGUCCGGGUCGCGGCGACACGCACAAUCACAUUCCAGUGAUGGGCAUUUGGGGACAGAGGAGUGGGAGAAGGUGGACGUCGAUGAAGAGGAAGAACAUCAAGAGCGACGCGACGAAUGA